ACUUUCAUAAGAGUCAGUCUUGCAUUGUUUUUGUUACAGGAUGUGGUUAAAGUUGCUAUUCAAACUGAGGUAGCCUAGCCUUUAAGUGCAACCUCCAACAGAUGAAUGCAAAGUUACAUUUAAAGUCAAUUUGAAGUAAAUGUCGAAUUUACUACUGAAUGCAUUUCACCUUGACACUGUUUGAUCAAACCAGGCACUAAUCUGGGAAUAGAAAACCAUACAUGAUUUUAGAUUAAAAAAAAAAAAUUACUAUGACUGAAAAAUCACAUCUCCUAUAGGCAACUAUAGUUGCCCCUGUAAAGGGGUGUAAACUAACAGGAAAUAACUGAGGACAUCAUCCCACAUACAGCUUCUAUUUUUGUUCAUGCUGUAAGUUUUGACCACUUGCUACUGACACCUUAAAUGACAUGCAUGAUGUACGUGACACAAAUCGGAUUAUUAUUUUGUUUGGUGGUGACUUCGAAAGCACUGGGCAACUGCAAGGGAAAGUGUGAAGAUAUUCAACUAUCCACAAUCAGAACUCCUCUGAAAUCUGAGGUCUUGCUCCCUUGUUACUUUGAAAUAAGCAAUAACACCGCUAAUAAAACAAACACAGCGAGUUGGAGACACUUAUCAUCAAGUCUCCUAGAGAUCACACAAGAUGGGAAUAUCUUCUUUAAUGAUCCUAGAGGAGGACGGGUGACUGUUUUUCCCAUCCUAGCUGCAUUAGGAAACUUCUCCAUCAUUAUUCAUAAUGUACAGGCCUCAGAUUUUGGUUCAUACUGUUGUGAGCUCAACCGGGAAUGCUGGCGACUGGAGAUCACCGAAACAACCCGUCCAGAGAAAAAUAUAGUUUUAAGCCCCUGGGUAUACUUUGCGGCUGGAGCUGGAUUAUUUAUUCUGCUUUUUAUUGCAACUUACUUGUUUGCAAAGUUGUGGGGAAACUAUGUAAAUGAAUCAUCAAAAUCGAAUUCUGUUAUUGGAGUACAGAAUGAAGGUAACCACACAGAAGAAAGACCAAAUACAGAACGCAGUGAGCACAGAAACCCUAACAACAGGGGUCGAGGCAGGGAAAACACAACUGUUUAUGAAAAUGAAGCACAUGCUCCAAAUCAAAAUCCACAAAGAGCUUUUAGAAGAGCUGCUCCUGAGCCACCUACAAGUGAGGCAUCAGAUCCAAAACCAUAUUAUGUUAACCAAGAGGAACUUUCCGUUUCAAGCAAUGCUGGUAAAAAACGGAAAAAAACUAAACCUUACCAGUACAAAAAUCCAAUCUAUGGGGAUUGAAGUUGAUCUACAGGCGGUGGAUUGUGUCGACAGAGUCCAGUUUCACAGAAUCCACUUAAUACAUAGAUUACAGCAUAACAUUGCUUUUUGGAAGAUCAUUGGAAGAAUACUAUUGAUUGGCAGUGAUGUUUUUUAAAGGAAAUCAUUCAUAUUUGUUAUUGCAUGUUUUAUGGAAAAACUCCACUUGUUAAAUGAUAUGCACAAAUCAUUAAAUGUUUCAACUGCUUUGACU